AUGCCGUCCAAGACGGCGCUGGACCCGUUUGCCAUUGCCAUCGACGCCACAAACCGAGUCUCCCUCGCCGCCAUCUCCGCGCAGACCGCGAUCUCCGUCUCCGACCUCCGUCAGCUCAACCCCGGGCUCGACGCACACACCCACCUGGAGCCGCUACCCGUCGGGACGGUGGUCCGCCUGCCUCCACGGCUGGAGCAGUGUGGGGAUCCGUACGGCAACUACUUCACCAUUGGACCCAUGGAAGAGGCGUUGCGUGCACUGGACGUGCGACUAGACGAGCUUGUUGCAAAGGAGCUGGUACAGCUCCCGGCAAUCCCCCCACGAAAAGUCCUCUCCAAGACAGAACGAAUUGUUGGAAAGGUGCGGAAGGAAGGUGAGCGCCAACUAGCCCGCAUUAAGGCAGAGUACACGGAAUGUGGGGAACGCUCAACGGUGUUUCAAUUUCUUGUGGACGUGGAGCCCGUGAAGCAAUUGCAGGGUGAGGUUGAAAACGAAUUUGACGGAGGGAAACUUCACCUGAAGGCACUAGAGAGCGUAAAUCAUGCGACCUUCAGCAGGGGAUGGCGACAUCAGGAGAAUGCUCUCACGGAGGGUUCACGUUGGACUGUGCGAGACGCCAGCGAGGAUUUUUGUUUGGAGGAUCACUCCCAUCGCUGGGAAUUCACCUUCUUUUCGCCGGAUGCGACUUUGGAGGCGCAUGACACUUGGGCCGUGCUUUCUUGCCAGACUCUUGGCACCCUCAUUGAUGCCUUCGAGUGUAGAAACUGUCUGCCUGCAAAUAUGUCUAGGAAUGCCUUUAUUUUUAUCGGCGGUACUUUCUAUGUUGACAAUCGUCACGCCGGGGUCGAAGGUGAAAACUACGACGAUUUGAGCGCCCCAAUCCGUCACUUUCAGCCAAUGGGGGAUGGGGAUUUUGGGAACAUGGAUGCCGUGGCGUUUGGACGAUGUCCUGUGAAGUACAUCACAGAGACCACCGUUGCCGACCUGGAUCUGCGACUCGGCGAAUUUGGCGUCAUGCGGCACAUUGGAUGGUGCAAUCACUAUUUUUACCUAAGUUCGGUAACGAGCCUUCGGGGGCUGGAACGGUGUGAUCGGGAGAAAGGGGCCUAUCCACAGCGUGUCAUGAAGGCGCCUCGUCGCGCCGUGCGGUGCCGCAUGUGCAGACAUUUUCCAGCCACCAUCGUGUGCUACAAGGAUGAGCUUUCACCCUGCAGUCCUUGUCCUUACUGUGUUCCUUGCUUUGAGCUGCUGCACGCAACGGAUGAGGGCGUAGUUGAGGAUGACAAAUGCAUUGUCGUCAAGCACCACGAUGGAAAGUAUUUUUCGUUGUGA